AUGUCUAUUUCUCCGCUGCAUGCGGCAAGCACGGACGGUUCAGAAGCUGUUCGAUAUGAACGCUUCGGCGAGCCAGCAACGACGCGCCGAAUUUGGCCAACCGCAGCGGCUGUAGGCUUAUUACUCUGCAGCGGGAUCUUUUUCGCAGCCUCCCGGGUUGGCCAGCCAGUGGUGGAUACCAGGGCACCAGCGGGUGAUAUUGUCGCAUUGGAUGCCUCUGUGCAAGCCAAGCAGAAGCCCCAGCUGCCAGCGGGCGAAGGCAUCAACUCGCACGGCACGCCCUUUCGGACGAAUCGGUCUGCGCAGGACCAUUCCAACUCCUCGUUGCGACUUCGUCCCGUCGUGUUCUUCCACGGUGCGGCGCAGUCUGCAAAGGAGUUCGAGUCAAUGCGGCAGUGGAUCGAAAGGCGCCAUCCAGGAACUGCGACGCUGUCGAUCGACUUGUUCGGCGGUGCGAAGUCUUUCCUCCCGCUGGAGGAGCAGGUCCGCGGAGUUUACGCGUACCUGUCGCACAUUGUGGAGCAGUACCCCCAAGAGUUUGGUCACGGAUACAAUCUGGUCUGCCACUCGCAGGGCGCGUUGGUCUGCAGGGUGGUGGUCCAGGUCAUGGACGACCAUCGCGUGCUGACGUUUGUUUCCUUAGCCGGGCCUCAGAUGGGUGUGUAUGGCACCACCUGGCUGGAGAAUGCACAGCCCUUUCUGCAACAGAGCCUCCCAGAAAGCCUUCCGAUUCCUGCGCUGCCUCCUUUCAUUCCCGGGGCGGUGUUGAAGGUGGGUGCUGGCAUCCUCGCCAGCUGGGCACCCGGUGUCCAUUGCUCCAGGAGUUGA